AAAAACGGCAGGAAGACCCUUACUACUGUCCAAGGGAUCACUGAUGAUUACGAUAAAAAGAAACUAGUGAAGGCGUUUAAGAAGAAAUUUGCCUGCAAUGGUACUGUAAUUGAGCAUCCAGAAUAUGGAGAAGUAAUUCAGCUACAGGGUGACCAGCGCAAGAACAUAUGCCAGUUCCUGGUAGAGAUUAGACUGGCUAAGGACGACCAGCUGAAGGUUAAUGGGUUUUAA